AUCUUCUGCCCCGCGUUGUUCAUUCCCGCCACACACCACACACCACCACCAUCAGCAUCAUCAGCAGCAGCAUCAUCAUCAGCAUCAUCAUCACACCUUUACACCUCACACCGCCAGCCAGCCAACACCAACACCCACGACCGACCGACCCCGACCCCCGACAGGUGCGCCCCAGACUCUGCCCCGCCCCGAAGACAACAUCGACCACAUCAAGCAAGAAAGCAUGGCCACACAGGCGGCAGCAGCGCGGCGCCAGCAAGAGCUGCAGAAUCAGUACAGCAAUUACAAGAGCACACUGCAACAGCUCGCAUCAAAGAUUGGCGACGUGGAGCAAGAAGCAGAGGAGCACAAGCUCGUACUCGAAACCCUCGGACCGGUGCCAAAGGACCGCAAGUGUUUCCGUCUGAUCAACGGAGUUCUUGUCGAGCGAACGGUCGAGGACGUCAUACCUGCCUUGCAAACGAAUGCCGACGGACUCAAAAAUGUGCUGGAGGGCUUCGUAAAGGAAUACAAGAAAAAACAGGAGGAGAUGGAGAACUGGAAGACCAAGAACAACAUCCAGGUCGUGCAGCAAUAAUGAUCCGAUGAUAAUAUUGUUCUACUACGGGAUGCGGUCUGGAAAAUGAUGAAUACCACUACGUUUUUUUGCUCCGUACGAGAGAGAGAGUACAGUUGUACAUGCAUACAGGCACAGGCAGGGCUGGCUGGCUAGGCAGAGCAGGCAGAUCAGGCACUGCUGCUGGGAAUCCAGAUUCCGUACCUACCUAACCAACAUCUGAGCUGGUUGGCCCGCUGCGAUCUACAGUGAUACCAGUCCGAUCCCCAAUCCGGACGUCACUUGUAAAGUAGUCACAUACAUAGAGUACACACACACACUACAAGAAACCCGAAGAAAUGGCACACCACCAGCAGCAGCAGGAGUAGCAGCAG